UUAUGCGGGCCACAUGUUGUUGUUUUGUAAAGUUGGUUUUCAUCUAACCCAUUAAUUACCAUUUUCAAGUUCCAACAUCCUCAAACUCUAGUCAACAGGGUCUAUAAAGUCCUCAACAUUAGAAAAAAAGAAGAAAAUAAUUAAAAAAAAAAACAAGAAGGAUCUCUUGCAAAGCCUAGCUUAAAGUUAUGGCUUUGGUAGAAAGAGCUAUGGUUUUGUCUAUAGUGAUGGUAACUAUGCAGAUUUCAUAUGCAGCUGUAUACAAGGUUGGUGAUUCUUCUGGCUGGACUACCCUUGGUAACAUUGACUACAAAAAAUGGUCUGCUACAAAGAAUUUCCAAAUUGGUGACACUAUUAUAUUUGUAUAUAGUGCACAAUUCCAUAAUGUGAUGCGAGUGACACAUCCUAUGUACAAGUCAUGCAAUGCAUCAUCACCUAUUGCAACAUUCACCACUGGAAAUGAUUCCAUAAAGAUAACAAAUCAUGGUCAUCAUUUCUUCUUUUGUGGUGUUCCUGGACACUGUCAAGCAGGACAGAAAGUUGAUAUUAAUGUGCUCAAGGUUUCUGAAGCAGCUUCUGCACCUAAUCCAUCUUCUUCAGCUUUGGCUUCUCCUGCUACUGUUCCAGCUUCCAUUAAUGUACCGGCACCUUCUCCUAGCAAUGCUGCCAAGUUGAAAUUUAUUGGUUUAAAGAGAGUUUUUGGUGUCAUUAUUAUGGGUUUGGCCAUGCAUUUCCUUGCUGUUUGUGUCUAGUUAUGCUUAAUAUGGAAGUGUUUUAAUUUCUUUAGUUUGGUUUGUGGGGCCAUUUUGGUUUUUCUUUCUUUCUUGUAUUGGAACUUCUCUAUUUCCUUCGUCUGAAUAGAUGACAAGAAAAACAUGUACUAUAAGAUGUAUUAUUACAAUGUAUUUUCCACUGCAUGUAGGAUUUUGUAAGAGUUAUGGUGUAUUGAAUUCGAAUCUAAAUACAUAGAUAUCUAAUCUAAUGAAUAAUGAUGAGUGUUAAAAUUA